UUCACACUCCCGAUAGCGCCAUUUGCCAUGAAAAUGGCGAGUUAGUGCGCUAGUUUAUGUUACUUUUUGACAGUAAGCGCAUUAUUAUACAGGAGUGUAAAGAGAGAGGAAGAAUUUGAGGAACAUUUUUUUGGUUUUCAAUAUUGCAUCGACUAUGUAUUCUCCUGAUGGCAAUGUCAAAGGCUCAGAAGAAGAUUCAACAAGCAGCGCAAAGGCUGUCAGCGGGCCUUGUACAGCGAUCGAUGUUAAAACCGGUGCCAUUUGUGGUCAGACGGAAGGUCUUUAUAUUCUUGAUGAGUUUCGUAAACUUUAUGAAGCUCGUUUGAGAAAUGUUGAUGAAGAACCAAUUGAUACCGAUGCCGAUCGGACAUCGAUGAAACUACAAAUAAUGUCAGAGUGGGUUAAAGAUUUAGACGAACAAAAUGUAAUGCUUGUUCGGACUGUCGAAGAAUUAGAACAUGCUGCUUGUACCAGAGUUACAGUCUUGGAAGAUAAGUUAAUGCAUUCAUCUAGUAUAGCUGCUGAUAGUAUGACGCGAGCUUUACAGUCCGAUGAGAAUCUUACUUUACUCACAAAUCGUAUUGGACAAUUGGAGAAGGAUGAGGAAUCUCUUCAUCAAAGAAUUGAAUUCCUUCAAAGCGAUAUCAGAGGAUUGCUUGAAUUGAUAAGGCGUGCACGACGUGAAAACUAUUGGAGCACUGAUGGAAUAACAUUCUUUGAAAUUCGGCCAAAAGAUAUUCCUUCUGCAAUAGACUGCUCCUGUAACCAGGACAAAGAUACCAUGGAAGAAAACAUAGAAUAUUACAAACUCCAGUUGGAAAAACUAAAAAAGAACGAAAAGAAAGCUCAGGCAUGUCGAGCAGAGCUUGAAGAAAAAUUGGCUGAUCUGAACAAAAAGGUCACAAUAAAGGACGAGACAAUCAAAAAAUAUAUUUUCAAGCUUCAGAAUCUAAGAGACAAUCUUAAGAGUCAUCCUCAGCUGUCAAACCAAAUUAUUGUAGAAUCUUCUACAGUCAGUGUGGAUGACUUUGAUUCUGACACUGACACGCUAAUAAAUGCAGUGGAAUGUGCCUUAGUAUCAAAAGAUUUGAACAUCGAGGAGUUAACUGAUCAGCUACGCGAUUGCCAAAUAAAAUUGGACGAAAUAACUCAAGAAAAGAAUGAUGAGAUUAAACGACUACGCAUACAGUUGGACGAGCAACACAAAAGGUUGCAGACCCUUGAGUGCCAGCUCCAUUGUCUGGAAAAAGAAUCAAUGGAAAGCCGCGAAGUCCUGACAAUGGAGGUAGCCGAGAAGCAUGAUCUUGUGAUGGCAUUACGCAAGGAAGUAGCGGACCUCGAGGAGCAGUGUCGCCAUGUAAAUAUGCAAACUCAUUUUAAGGACGACAUCAUUAAGGAGAUGAGACGUGAACUGAGACAGGCUAGGAUGAAGGACACAUGCUCUUCUCCCAGAAAAGUGCGCAUCAAGGCAGAGCCCUGUUAUGAGGAAGAUGAAACGUGUAAUGCUUCUGCUUUUCAAAAGGAUAAAAUUUUGUCAUACCUAUCGAAUACAAAGAUACUCAUGCAACAGGAAAAAAAGACUCUUCUUGAACUGAAAUCAGAGUUAGAGAAAAUUCUUGAUGAAUUUAAUAUGAAAGAGAAAGAGUCAGAAUCAAGAGAUGGUAUGAAAAACUGCAUUGAUGACGAAGAAUCUAAGCUUACUCACUUGGAGAAUACUCAUCAAAAUUCUUGUAGUCCUGAAAAGUGCAAUGAAAAUCAACCAAACGAUACUUGCAAUUCACCAGAUACUUUGACAAAUGUAGAGAUCAUCAAGCAUUUCCGAAUGAUGGAAGAAUUUCGUGUUUGUACUGUGGAAGCUCAAGCAGCAACAGAGGAUUUGCGUGAAGAAAUGAACAAUGUCAUUGCAACCUUACAUACUCGUCAUCAUAAGUUUACGGAGCUUAGCGAAGCAGUUCAUCAAGCUCAGGAACAAUUAAUAAAAACAAGACAAAAUAUAUCAGAGACUAUUAAUCGGUUGGAAUCACAGGGACUGGAGCAAGCAGAGUAUUUUGCUGAGAUCGCAAAAGGCGAAUUAAAAUUGAAAGAUAUAAAGAAUGAAAUUAAUCAAGCUAGAUCCGAGAUUACUCAAUGUAUUAAUACGGUUCAGGAUAAUGUUCAGCAAUGCAGUUCGAAUGAACUCUCUAAGACACAUACGUAUGGUGAUCUGCUCGUUGAUGUAGUGGAAGAAGUUGAGCAGAUAGUGUGCAAUUUAGAAAUGUGUCAAUCCCAGAAUUUUAACGCAACAUCCGAACUUUUCAAGUGGAAAGAACAUUUGUCUACGAUAGAAGUCAACUUGAGUAACAUUCAAAAGAACACGGAUACAGUAUUGCUAGAGAAUACAAUUGCUCAGAAGAUGUUUUGUGAGAAAGCUGAACGACUUGAUAAUCUUAAGGACGAAUUGGAUUGUGCUCAAACGAAGAUGCAAGAUGCCCUGGAAAGCAUUUUGAAUGCUAGAGAAAAGUUAAUAAAUCAGUUGCAAAAGGAUGACACAACAAACGAAUGGAAAUGUCAUGCGACUGAAUUACAGAACCAGGUUGGCAUUCUCGAAAAAAAGAUUGUAGCGCAUAGGGUAGUAGAGGGAGACCUUCGAAGAAGUCUACGGUGCAGUGAAAUGCAGCUUAAAAAAUCGAUGGAUCUUCUUGAAUCUUUUAAACAUGGUCAUAGCAAGUCGGAUGGAUCACACUUAAAUUCGCGUCAUUUGAUACAGCGUGAGAAUAUACCCCAAUCUUGUAAAUCGUUACAAUCUUCGGUAUUUUCCAUGACAAAAACUCUGCAAGAACUUACCGAAUUGAAGAACAUGGUCUGUCAAGGAUCAUCGCACCUCAGCUUGCCAAUAGAUGUUGAAACGGGAGCCAAAGAUUUUUGGAAUAAGUACAGUGAAAAAAUUGAGCAGUGUUUACUGGAAUUUGAGGAACUUCAAAAUACCUUGAUAUCCAAGGAUACUCUCCUGAACAAUAAAGAUGAAAUUAUACGGAUCCAAAAAGACUCGAUAGCAAUGACGCAGACCGAGUUAAAAGAUCUUCAUCAAAAGCUACAAGAUAAGAUUGAUGUGCAAGGUAGUAUUAUAUCUCAGUACGAGAAGGAGAAAAAACAUUUAAUAAAGCAGAGUGAACUCCAGACUCAAACUAUCGCGAACCUGCAGGAUGCUGUGGUCGAAGCAAAAAGAAAAUUAGACCAAAUGGCAAACAAAAGCAGCACUGAACUUUUGGACAAGGAUGAAGCAAUUCGAAUAAUGAGUUUGUACCUUGCAGAAACACAAAAUCAGUAUAACGAGUGUUUUACAGAGGCUGCAGAACAGGGAUCAAUACUAGAAGUUCAUCGGGAUGCAAUUGACACAUUACAAAAGAAGAUAAAUCGUAUAGAAUACGAUGCAUGUAUGCUGGUGGCGUUAAUCAAUCUGAUAUAUCAUUUUAUUUUAGCUCACAUACAGGAGCAACUACAAUCCCACGUUUGCAACCUUGAUAUGCUGAGGAUUAAGACGGAUACCCUUGUUAAGUCUAAGAAGUGUCUUGAGGAAAAAUAUAUGAAUAUCAAACAAUUGUGGCACGAGACAGACCGAGAAUUACGGGAACUAAAAUCAGCAAAAAGAGAUUAUAAUGUAAAGUAUUGUCAAACUGAAAUUGUAAAUGUCGAAAAAGUAUACCGCUCUCAAGGAACACUGUGUGAGAAAGAUGUUCGAGAUUCAUGUACUUCAACUAUGAAUGAAGAAGUUCAUGAAAUCAACAAUGAAUCGUCGAUGAAGGAAAAAGAAUUAAGAAAAAAAAUAAUUUUUUUGUCUCAGGAGAAUGAAGAAAUAAAGAAACAACUGUGCAAGUACCAAUUGGAUUUCGAAAUAUUGGAAAAGGAAAUGAAUUUUGAGAAAGUCAAACCGCAAGAAGAAUUAAAGACUAUGAAAAUGGAAUUGGAACAAACGAAAAAUGAAAAUGAAAGACUAAUAGCUGAAAUUGGUGAAAUAACUGCACAGGUAGAAGUUUUGGUGAAGACAUUACAAACCACGAAAGAGAAAUCAGAAAAAUUGGAAAAGCAGUUUAAAAAUUCAGAGAUUUCAGAGAAAAAGAUUGAAAGUUUGAAGCGAACGAACGAGAUUCUAAUGAAGGACUUGGAAAGUUUACGUAUGCAAUUUGAAGAUACCCAAAUAAUACUUACAACGUCUACGAAUACUAUAAGGAAUUUACGAGAUGACAUAAAUAAUAGGAAGGAAGAAGUGGAGAUUCUGCGGAACCGAAUUGCAUUCUGUGAAAAUAUAAAGAAUGAACAGGCUCGUGUUAUCGAAAAUCUGGAGGCAAAAUUGGAAGUAAAUGAACAUGAAUCCAGUGAAUGUCUUUGUGAGCUCAAUAGUUCCAAAGAAAUGCUGUGUGUCCUGCACGAUCGGAUUUCGUCACUGAAAAGCUUAUUGAAGGAGAAAUCUGAUAUGAUGGCUACACUUGAGGCAGAUUAUGAAAUGUUAAAGAAUUCUAAUGUCAUCCUGACAAAUGAGAAUGAAAUGCGCGAGAACAAAGACAGGGAAAAUAUAUGCGAGCUAAAAAAGAAGUUGAAGGAAAUUCAGUUGAAACUUUGUCAUAUGGAGGAAAAUUAUCUGAGAGCAACUGAAGACUUUAAUAAAAGUCAAGUUAUUGUAAUGGAAGCAGCAAAGCGAGAAGUCGAUCUGCAAGAAACAAUAACAACAAUGGAAAAGGAUUUCCUUUUAAAGCUGACAAACGCAGAGGGAGAAGAAAUGAGACUGCAAGAUUUAGUAGAAAAGCUCAAUGAAGAAUUAGGAGAGCUACGGAAUGAACUUUCUGUCAAAAAUACUAAAAUACAUCAAGCUCGGUGCAACUGCAAAUCGCAUCUUGAGCGUCUAGAAACAUUACAGCAGGAUGUAAAUGAAAUGCAUAAGUGUCUGUGGGAUCUUAGACAGGAGUGUCAAAUCAAAAGUAAAUCUUUGGCCAGUAUAUCGGCCGAACUAAGUGAAACAGCUGCAAGCCGAUCACAGCUGUGCAAUGAAUCGCAUCAUUUGGUUUCCAGCAUCCGAACUUGGAUGCAGCAACAGAAAAAACUAGUUGAGAACCUUGCAUCCAGAUUAAAAACUAAACAGGAACAACUUGUACGAUUUGGAUUUGAAAAGAAAGCUCUUUUAAUGGCACUCCGAGAAUUCAGACGUGCAAAUGGAGUCCUUACACAACGAUUAAGAAGAACUCACCUCAGGUCAUCCGGAAUCUGUAAAGGAAAUAGGACACGAGGUGUAAUACCAACUAUGGGAUCAUGUCGCAUAAAUUCACCAUCACCGUCGCCCACAUCGACCUCAUUUUUGUCUUAUGCUGUUCCAAUUUAUUGCUCAAACAUGGAGUCAGAUUUACCCAACAAAGUUUACUCUCGCCUGUCUGUCCAGAAAUGCUCAUCUGUGGGUCCCAUAAGGAGCACUCGACGAUGCUCCGCAGCGUGUGCUGGUAACUCUUGGUGGUUUCCAAAGAUGGAAUAUCUUACCAAAGAAUUACGAAAGAAUAAUGAAUGGUGGAGUGGAAAUAAACAUUUCAUAGCAGAUACAAUAGAAAACCAACCAAGUUUUGACGAGAAUCGGGAUUGCGGAUACCAGUCAUCUACCAGCAAAUGAGUGGAUAGUAAAAGAAACAGAUCAACGUAAUUAUGAUCUUCUGUGGUUGAUCUGGCAAUUGCCGUAUUCAUUUUUUUAUUACUCUCAGGUGUCCUUGAAUUUCCACUUUGGAUAAAAUGCAUUGAAUUGUGCGAGACUUUGCACAAUUGCGCUCACAUAUCAUACUAUAUAUUCCGAUCGGCAAUCGGUAGAAUUAAAUUUCCAAGACUGUUUUCCAACGGCAGUGAACUUUUAAUCACGAUUUUAUGUAAUUUCUCUUUUAUAUGCAUAUUAACGAAUACGUUUGACAAAGUAAAACUGUACACAGUUAA